AUGAAGACGCUGCUCAUUGCCUCAGCUCUUUUCGCUGUUCUUGCUGCUUUCCCAUGGCCGAGAGGGAAUGGAACUGACAGUAACAGUAGCCAAGACGAUGGAGAUGAUGGUUUCGAGGGCGGAUUCAACGGUGGACUCGGACAGGGAAGUUUUGGUGGAAACGGAAAUGGACAAGGACAGGGUGGAUUUGGAGGACAAGGACAAGGUGGAUUCGGUGGACAGGGAGGACAACAGGGUGGAUUUGGAGGAUUCGGGGGAUUCGGAGGACAAGGACAAGGUGGAUUCGGUGGACAAGGACAAUUCGGCGGGCAAAACGGACAAAACGGCCAAAACGGCCAAAACGGAUUCGGUGGGCAAGGCCAGGGUGGAUUUGGUGGACAAGGACAAUUUGGAGGACAAAACGGCCAAAAUGGACAGAAUGGAUUCGGAGGACAAGGCGGAUUCGGUGGACAAAACGGGCAAAACGGGCAAAAUGGUGGAUUCGGAGGACAAGGUGGAUUCGGUGGCCAACAAGGCAAAUCUUCCAACAACGGUCAAAACGAAUUCCUCUGUGAACUUCCCGAAUUGAUCGAGCAAAUCCCGAAAGUAAAGGAAAUCCGAAUCAAGACGAGCACAUUUGUCUCCGGCGCUCCAGUGAUCACCUCUCAACCGAUGGGCCCCGGCGCUCCUCCGCCACCACCGGGCGCUGGU